CCGGUUUAAGAAUCGUGUUAUUGUUUACUAUCAACAGUUGAUCAUUCAGCAUCCUUUAGUUACAUAAUUCACAUAUUAAUUAAUUUGUUUACUUCCGUGUUUAUCUGUUAAUAUGAUUGUUGAUUAUGACCGUGACAUCGAUUUAUUUUUAAAUCACUAGGUCCAAAUUAAUCUCUUACUGGUAGCACAAAUAUUUAAAACAAGCAUACUAUGCUGAGCGAAUAAUGAAAUUUUAUUAUUAGGGUAUUUGAUUUCUUAAAGAUUAUCUUUUUUUCUCUCUAUAAUUAUGACAAGAAAAUUUUGUAACUUUUAUGCAGAAUAUAUAAGUAAUAAAAGGUUUCUUUAUAUUUUGAGUUAGAUUUGAUGACAGAAACAAUCACAUAUUUAUAGAAACAUAUUUAUACCUACGUACAGUUAGUUCAACCGCUCUAAGAUCAUGACUGCUAGCAAUGUUAUGAAGAAUACAAAUGACUGUUAUAAAUUUUCAAAUGGCAAUGAACUUGCUUUUUUAUCUUCAGCUAAAAUUAGACACAUAUGACAGUUCCUUUUCACCAUCUUAUACUAAUCUAUGAUACUCAUUAACUAUGGACAUUUCAAGUUCAUUCACUGCAUCUGUAAGCUCUACAUCUUCUUGUAAGCCUAAAUUAACCAUAGAAGGAGAGUUAAAAGACAGUCUUCGUUUUCGUUAUAAGAGCGAAAAAGGCUGUCAUGGGGGAUUAAAACCAGUUAUCAAAUUGCAUGGAUAUAAAAGUUAUAAUGAUAUAUGGAUUAAAGCUACACUGUAUACUAGUGGAAUUAAUCCAACUCUACAUUGUUUGGAACUUGAGGGGAAGGAUUGUAAGGAUGGAGUUGGUUGGAAACAACUUUCUAAGGAUUUUACAGCCAGAUUUGAUUCUCUGGCAAUUUGUAUAAAAAAGAGGGAUGAACUGGUUGAUUUAUUGAAAGAAAAAGUAGCACAAAAUUUAAAGAAAAAGAAAUUACAAUAUGAUGUGAAGGAUUUAGUAAAAGAAGUUCGAGAAAGAAUGAAAACAUUAAAUUUAAAUAGUGGCAUACUUUGCUUUGAAGCAUUUUAUUGCAAAGAUGAACGUCAGCCUGUAUGUCAAAAAAUCUUAUCACAACCUAUUUAUAAUCAAAAAGCUGGGGUUUCUGAAGAUUUGAGAAUAAGACAAUUAUCGAAGUGUUCUGGAUUAACAAAAGGAAAUGAAGAUAUUAUUUUGUUGUGUGACAAAGUCCACAAAGAUGAUGUUGAAGUUAUUUUCUCCUGUCUGUGCGUGGAUUGGAGUGCAAGAGCACACUUAAACCCUGCUGACUUCCAUUACCAGUUUGCUAUUCCCAUCAAAACACCAAGAUUUCCAAAAAAUUAUGAACAAGAAGUAUCAAUAAAAUUAUGUAGAAAAUCUGAUGGGAAAACUGGAGUGCCAAUGAAAUUUCGUUAUAUGCCAUGUGAUGAUUAUGAUGCAGAUUUACCUUUGAAGCAAAAACAACCAAACCCAUCUGAUUGUAUUUCCAUGCCAAUGUCAGCAAUAAAGCGUGAACCAAGUAGUACACCAGAUGUUCAUAACCCAAAUUUUCAAGAUUUGAAUGGUCUUAUAAAGUUCCUUAAAACUUAUAAUAAUUCAGAAUUUGAUGCACCUGAAAUUGAAGAAACUGAAUAUAGAUUGCCACUUGUAACCCCAGAAAGUUUCCUACGCCAAGCAGAACCUGCCGCUCAGAAAGAGUAUGCAAAUCAGGAAUGGAGAAAUACUAGCUGUCCUGAAAUUAAGUCAGUUCAAAUACUAAGAUCCCAUAUAAUCAAUUUUCUCGGGGAAGGCAAAGCAUUUUUAAAAUAUUUGCCUGCUCUAUUAUCCAUGAAAGAUGAAAAUGGAAACUCGCUGCUUCAUGUGGUGGUAGCUGAAAAAAGUGAAAACUUACAUUUGCUUGUAAAAAUCAUAAAAGCAGCUCCAAUUGGUCUCAUAAAUCAAACUAAUGAUGCAAAAAUGACUCCACUGCAUGUAGCUGUCAGUAAAGGACUCUGGAAAGUAGUGAGAAUUCUUCUGAUGGCUGGUGCUAAUCCUGAUAUUAAAGACACAAAUGGAAAUACUUGCACACACUUAGCUGCAAUGCACAAUUUUCCAUGGUGUUUAAGUGAAAUUUUGCUUCCCUUACUAGUAAAAGAUAAGAAAAGAAAACAUCUUCCAAAUGUAAAUCUUUUGAAUAACGAGGGUUUCUCACCGUUGCAGCUAGCAGUCAAAAAGGAGUCUCAAAUAUGUGUUAAACUUCUUAUUCAAGCUAAGGCAAAUCUGAAUAUUUUUGAUGAGAAAAGUUGUUCAACUCCACUUCUAUUAUCAAAUUUAUUGCGUUUUCAGAAUCCUGUUCUACCUCAGCCAUCAGUGUCUAACACAAUCGGUGGAGCAAAAAUUAUUCAAGGUUUUGUACCAACGAUACCUUUCACACCAUCUCAAGCUACUAUUUUACCAAAUAAGGCUGUUGGGGAAGUUACACCUUCCAAUUUACUUGCGAAAGGGGAACUUUUCUUAGAUUGUGAAGAAGAAACUUUAAGUGCUGCACAGUUAUCUGCAAACGACACAGACUGGAAUGCAUUUACCAAAGAGGUUGAAAAUGUGACUAUUUCUUCAGUUCUCAACACUUCUCAGGCACAAGAACCUUCAUCAAACCAGACAAUAACUAUUAUAAGUCCCGAAAAGUUAGGCCCCCCGAAAACCAUUUUACCAAAGCCUUUAAAUUUCCAAUCUGGGGGGCCCGUCACUAUACCUGCAAGUUCGUUGAACCAGCAUUUAAUAAAAUUUAAUCCAUUUCCAAAUUCACCUGCUCCUUCCAACAAAACCUACGCACUUAAAAUUCCAGAGAUUGAAAAGGGUAGUUUGUCACAAUCUACUUCAAAUUCAGGACCUCGGUUCAUUAAGAUUGUACCACCACAAUCAGCAGCGCAAACUGCUACAACAUCUAAAUUUACAGGUGCACCACAGAUUCUGCGACUUAGAACUGAAAAUUCUACUGGAAACAUUCAAAUUGUUAAUCCACCAACUGGCGUAAUGCCUCAGAUUAUAAAAAUAGGCAACCAAACUUUACAGCUUAUUUCAGCUACUGUAGGCCAGCAGAAAGUCGUCACUGUGAACGAAACAGCUAAAAUACCUGUAGGAGUCCCUGCAUCUGGAUUUGCUACAGUAGCAAACAAUCAACCGGUUGUUGAAAGUUCAUCUCUACUGGGAGGUGACGUUUUAAUGAAUUUCAAUGACAAUGAUGUGCCAUCUUUACCAUCAUUUUUGCAGACAAAUACAUCUAACGAAACAGCGAUUCCGAUGAGGUUAGAAAAAGCAGAUGAAUCUGCUGAUAGGAUGACCCCUAAGGGUGAAGUAAUUUUACCUCUUUUGCCAAAAGAUAAGGCAGGAGAGACAGAGUCAAUAUUAUCAGAUAGUGUACUGUUGUCUGCAUCUUCGCCGUCUCCUUCAGGUAAUGAAGAAGAAGAAAUUGUGGUUGAUGUUGAUCUGAGUAAUGUGACGACUGUGUAUGAUGAUGAGUCUAUACCCAAUUCAGCAAGUUCUGAGCAAAAUACUGUGAUAAAUAUCCCGGUUCAAUGCAAUAACGCUGAUUCCAUAAAUUCCACUGGUCUCUGCACAGACUUCAGGCCUGCUAUAAAAUUUGACUCAGUUGAUGAACUAAGAAGUUUAAAGCCUUCUACAGUGGUAACAUUGGAUCGAGCGACAUUUGCUGAACUCCUCUCUGACUUCAAAGAAAUCGACUCUUUCCCAAAGUUCGCUGAACAGAAUGCCGAAAUAAGCGAAAUACAUCUAACCAGUUUUGAUGGCACUAUAGCUGCUGUGAAAACUGUAGAAAGUACAAAACAAACUGAGUCUAAUUUGAUAUGUGAUGCUCUGAAUUCCAAUUUAAUGAAAAAGGAUGGUUUCACAGAUUUUGGAAUAUACCUUCAGCCCUUUCUAGUAAUACCUGAAACUUCAGAAAAUACUUCUCUUGAUUAUGAUAAUAAUUCUGAUACUUCAACUUCAGCUCUUAGUUUGACUUAUACUCAAUCUCCUAUUAUAACUGAUAAAAAUUUUAACCAUUUAUCACGUGGGUUCGAAAUUUCGUUGGGGCUUGAACAAGCUGCUUUAUCUUCACCUGUAAUUGUGUUUCCUUCCCAAUCUGCUGAUAUCCCUGAAAUUUUGACGUCUUCCCUAUUUACUGACAUCCCAGAAAUUUUGACUUCUUCCCAAUCUCUUAUAAUCCCUGAAAUUUUUACUUCUUCCCAAUCUUUUAUUACCCCUGAUAUAAUUUUCAAUCAGUCAUCUCAAGGAUUUGAGACUUCUGUUGAGCUUGAACAAGUGAUCUCAACUUCACCUGAAACUUUGACUUCUCCUCAAUCUGCUGUUACCACUGAUAUAAAUUUUGAUCAGUCAUCACAAGAAUUUGAGACUUCUGUUGAGCUGGAGCAAGUGGCCUCAACUUCAGCUGAAACUUUGACUUCUCCUCAAUCUGCUGUUACCACUGAUGUAAAUUUUGAUCAGUUAUUGCAAGGGUUUGAGGCUUCUUAUGAUUCUCAGUCAGAAAAGUUAGCCCACUGCCAGAGUCCUGUAUCUCAGCCCGCAGCCUGGUGUUCCGAAGAUGCAGGGGUUGAAACUUCACAAAAUGUAAACUUUUUAAAAUGUGUUAAUGAUGAUGUUAGGAAGGGUAAAAAGGAAGACCCGUGUGAUCGCGGAGCCAUUAAGUUUAGGUGUAGACUGUGUCUAAAAGACGGCUUUUAUUCUGCUUAUAAUGUAAAGCGCCAUUGUAAAAAUGUGCAUAAAAUAGAUGUGAUUAAAAGUUGUCUAUUUGAACCUUAUAUACCUGGCCAUCAAGGUGAAAGUUCAUCUUUUGAAACUGCUUUACCUUCAAUGCUGAAAAACGAAUCAUCUCAGGUCUAUCUUUCGCCAUCAAAUAUGUCUGAUCAAUACCAAAUUGAUCAGACUUAUUUGAUGGCAAGCAAUUAUCCAACUGAUUCAUCCGAAAAUCCUGAUUUUGUGUCACUGCAGGAAAACUUACAGAGUUCCUCGUCUGGUUAUGAUAGCUCUAAUGAUGAAAAUGAACAAGCAACUUUAACUCCAAGUGUAAGUUUGCCCACUAUCCAAUCUACAACUGACUUUAAUUUUAAUCAGGAAUCAUUGCUUAACGAUUGCCAAAGUGCAGUGACUACUCCUUGCAUUAUUAAAGUUUCUAAAAAGAAUGAAGUUUCUCAAAAUGUGAACCUCAAUAUGUCUUCUAAAAUUGAUUUAUCAUGUGGUAGGGAUAAUAAGACUGUUGAAAAAGGAAAAAGAGAGAAUAUAUUAAAUCGGAAAGAUUUUUGGUGUGAAGUAUGUAAAAAAAGUUUUUUGUCUGCGCAUACUUUAUUGAGCCAUUAUAAAAAUAAGCAUAAAAUUGAUGAUUCUGACCUUUCAUUUGGAUCUCUUUUAAAUCACCUACAGCAAAAAGAAAGUUCAUAUUUGAAAACUGCAUGUCUUCCAACGCAUGAUUCUGAAUCAUCUGAGUCUUUUUGUGAUUAUUCAAAAAAUCCAUCAAGUAUUUUAUAUUCACUACUCUCUUAUGAAAAUAAGACCCAUGAAAGUAGCUUACAAUAUUUGGAAGCUCCUAUUCUUAGCUCACAUAUUGAAAAGUUAAAUAAACAUGUAAGUGCAAUAUCAACAUCUUGGAGUCAUGAGUCUGUAAAUGAUGUACCUAGUGUUCCAUCUUUUAACAAGAUAAUUUCUGAUCACCCUGUUUAUCAUCAAGUUGCUGCUUCUACUGUGAACAAAGAAACUUCACAACAUAUUGAAAAAUUAGUUAAACAAGUAAGUUCAAUGUGUCAAUCGUCAUCGAGGAGUCAUGAAACUGAAAACGAUGUACCCAGUGUUCUAUCUUUUAAUAUGAUAACUUCUGAUCAGCUUGUACAUUGUCAAGUUGCUGCUUCUACCGUGAACAAUAAAAGUUCACCACAUAUUGAAAAAAUAGCUAAAGAAGUAAGUGCAAUAUCGCAAUCGACCUCGAGGAGUCAUGAAACUGACAACGAUGUACCAAGUGUACCAUCUUUAACUUCUGAACAGCUUAUAUGUUAUCAAGAUCCUGAGCUUGAUUUGUCCUGUGAUAGUAAAGAUAAAGGGAUAUUUAUUAAAGGAAAAAAUGUAGUUAUUAAUAAAGAUACAGACAAUUGGUGCAAAAUAUGCAAUACAUGUUUUUAUUCUCCCUAUAAUCUUAGGCGUCACUGCAGAAAUGUGCAUAAUAUGACUAUUCCUAAGGGUACUUCUGGCAAUCCAUUUGGACCUUUUCCAUGUGACCUUGACGAAAGUGUAGUUCCUCAAUCCACACUUCAGUAUAAUGAAAUUGAAAAUCAUGUACCUAGUGUUCAAUCUCCUAAUUUAGAAGCAUCUGAUCAAUUUCAGCAGGCCGUAGAUCAUCUAACUACUGAUUCUACUGAAAUCUUUUCUCAACAAGAUGAAAAUUCAGAAACGGUAAAAAUUGGUUCUAAAGAAUACCAGAGAGGUCAAGGGUCAUUCCAUGUAAAUGACAAGCAAGGAGGUGAAAACUCAGAAAUUAUAAAAAUUGGAUCUAACGAAUACAUAAGAGGAAACAGUAUAUCCAUCUUAAAAAAGGAUUUUCAUGCUCUGGAUAAUCAAUGUGAAGUACAAUUUAAUAGAGAAAGAAUGUUUAUUGAGUCUAAAAUGUCAAAAGAAAGUCCAAAGACUCCUGAGCUUCCGUCACCAACAACAGCUAAUCAGCCGCUUGAAAGUGGCUCUUUUUUACCUGUUAUUGUUGAUGUCAUGAGUGCAAAAGAUGGUGGCCAAGCAAUUUAUGCAUGUGAUGAAACAGCAAAGAGUUCUAAAAUGUCUAAUCCAAGCGCGAUUGAUGAUUCAGAAGUGGUUGAUGAUCCUAGCAAAAAAGUUAAAAAUCAAACUCUGAACAUUAUCCAGAAUGUGAAAGUAUCUAAAAAUGCUCCUUCAGUUCUACAGUCUUUUCCUAAAGUCAUGCACAAACAUUCUAUUUUCACUCUGCAAAAGUCUAUUCCGGUCAUUCCGGAAGGACAGGAAAUUUUUCCAGAUACUCGGAAUCUCUUUUCUCUUAAGACUCAUACGACUAGAAACAAAUUAGCAGUACAAAGUUUAAGAACCAGGCUGAAAGCUGAAGAUUAUAUAACAAAUUCAGUUUGGUGGCUUAUACAGAAUCAUUAUCUACCUAUGAAUCCACCUUGUACCUUAUGUGGAUCUAGGGAUUUUCUAAUAGAGCGUGACGAUAAAUUUCAUGAUAAAUAUUGUUGGAUUUGUAGAAAUGGAAAUUGCCUCGCAAGGGAACCUAUUAAGAGGCCGAAAUUCUUUGAGCGCUUCCAGCUCUUUACAUUGGAAGAUUUGUUACUGUUAACAUUUCACUGGGCGUGCCAGUCCGAUAUCGAAGAAAUAUUGGCAGACGUGUCUUUAGACGUUGAAACUAUCUGGAAUUAUUAUAAAGCUCUUCAAGAACUUUGUCAUAAUGCUGUGAUUAAGAGUGGCAAGAUAGGGACUUGCCCCAAAGCUAGAAUAGAGACAUCUGUAGUGAAGUUGGGGAACUAUUUUAUAUUGGGUGCUUUAGAAAGGUUCAAUCGUUUCACACGACUUCAAGUAAUUCCAGUCAACGAAGCAUUUGAAACUGAUAGGCACCUGAAACUGUUAGAAGAGUGGUUGAAUUAUAAUUCAGUUCUCAUAAGUGAAUCGAAAAUACCGGACGAGUUUUUAAGGAAUGUGUAUAAAGUCAGCUCUGAUCCUACUUUUACGGAUUCAAAAAGUAAUGGUUACCAUAUAAUGAACAUUUCAAGGUAUUUAGUGCGCAAUAUGAUAGGUAUAUUUGGAAAAGUAAAAGUUCAGUUUUUGCACCAACAAAUAGUACAAGGUUUUUUGAAUGAACUGAUGUGGAGAGACAGGAAUGGAAAAUUUUUUGAUCAAGCAUUCUGGAACAUACUUAUAGACAUUGGGAAGUUAGAUCGUGAGACGAUGGUGCAACCUAAUCCUGUAAUUGUAAAUAGAGGGAGGACUUUGGACAAUGAUUGUAGUCAUUUAAGCCCUGCGCUCGUUGCCCGAUGGGGGAGGGUAAAAACAACAGCAGCUGUUAAAGAAAAUGAAGACAUACCUUUCAUUGAUACUAUUCCAAAGAGUCUAGUUACUGAGAUAGAAAUUGAAGAGAAAGUGCCUGAAAAAACCUAUGAGAAAAGCUUCACACAAACUUCAAAUGCAGUGAAGAUAUCUCGAAUUUUACGAGAUAAUGGCUUUUUGAAUAUUUUAUUUCAGGAUUUGCCAGAGGUACCCGGUGGUGAACUUUUAGUAACUCCCAAAGUUUUAUUGGGGAUAAAAAUUGUUUUAAAUGACUCUCUAGACUUUCUUGAAAAAUAUAAGGCAGAAUCCAUAAGUUUGGGUCUUCGCCUGAGUGCUGAAGGUUUCAUAAACAGUCCAGUCCGGUGGUUAGUAAAGAAAGGAUUUAUUCGAAGCAAGGCACCUUGUUAUGUGUGUCAUAACACAUCAUUUUUGAGGGAUAACCCUAAAUACGAAGAUGGUUGUUCUUGGUUAUGUCAGUGGCCAAGUUGCAAGUUUGAGAACAUCUUCAAACGACCACAUUUUUACGCUCGUUUUCCUAUGCUGCCUAUAGCCCACAUGAAUGCUAUGGUUUAUCAUUGGACAGUACAUUCUGAGAUCUCACGCAUCACAUCUGAUGCACCCAUGGAAAUUUCUAAACUGCAGCACGUUUGGCGAUCAUUCCAAGUACUUUGUUCCACGUCUUUGAGGAGAAAAAAAGUGAGGCUUGGCGGUGAGGGUGAAAUGGUAGAAGUGGCCAUGGUGCAGUUUGGAAAAUUGUACAUUCUUGGUGCAAUGGAAAGAAGAACAAAGUAUACUUUAUUGCGAACAUUUUACGUUGAUCUCGGUGGACAGAUCCCAGUUUUCCUGAAAAUAUUGACCCAGUGGAUACUACCUUUAUCUUUUGUUAUUAUCAAUGCCACCAAAUAUGUUCAAAUGCCUCCUGAAUACAACAUAAUGGUUGCUAAUACUUCUAUUACUGACCCUAAUGAUAUUGGUUUCCAUGUCUUGAACAUAACAACAUAUUUGUUGCAACACGUAAGCUCCAUGUUUGGACAUUUGAAGGCUGAAGAUGUCAGAGCAGAAGUUAUGCAAAUUUAUUUAGAUGAACUGAUGUGGAGAGAACGUUACGGAAGAAUGCCCAGUGAAACAUUUUACAAUAUAUUAGGAGAUAUUUUUGAUUUGGAAACUAAAGAUAAACCUGUGGAUUUAAACAUAAAUAAUCAUUCUAGUUUGCAAAAGGAGAAUGUUUGCAUGUUUGACAAAUUGGCAGUCCGGUCAGAAAAAAAUGGGCCUUCGCAUGAAAGUAAAACUUGUGUAAAUGAUAAAACAACUGAAAUCCAAAUAGAUUUAACAAAGCUUCCUGAGUGCCGGGUUGUCCUGAAGCGUCUAUCAGAAGAAGUCUUAAAAUAUUAUGAUUGUUGGGGCUACUUGCGUAAUCGUUCAUCUCUUGCUGCAAAAGAAUUUGGUAGAACAUCAAGCUAUGAAAAAUUUCGUCAUGAUCCCUCUAGAAAAGUAUUUUACAAAUUCUGUGAGUCUAAAGUAAGUUGCAAAAAUCCAAAGACCUAUGGUAAAUGGCAAAACAUUUUUGAUGAAUCUCAGCCAAUGUCAGAACAGUCGCAUUCAAGGCUUCAAAGUUUUUCUAAGUCAGAAAGCUCCAGAAAACGAAGACGACAAUCCUCAAAUGAAGAUAGUGAUGUGGAUGGAGAUCUUAGAGACGAUGCAUCAUCACAUUCAAAUGACUCCCUAUUUAGUAUGUCUUCAAAUUCCAGUGUUUGUGAAGUUAGUGAAAUUCCUUACACUACAAGAUCUCAAAAGUUAGCUCAACCAGAUGUUGUAGUCAAAACAGAAAAAAUAGAACCAGAAGAAACAAGAAUAGAAAGUUUAGCUCAGAAAACUGUAAAGCAAAGGACUGUUUCACAGAGAAGUAUGCCACCAAGAAAUCUAAAACAAAGAACUGUAAUACCAAGAACUAUAACACCAAAUCUAGUGCAAAAGACAGAAAUUGUACCUAAAGAAGAUACAGAAAAAGAAUUAAUCUGUGUUGAGUGUGGGAAAAAUAUAUGUAUGGAUCAUUUUAUGAAGCAAUUUCUUUGUAUGGACUGUAAAAGAUCUGUGUAUACUACAUCUUGUUGCAAUUCAUUCAUGGAACAUAGGGGAUAUUUAUUAUUUGGUAAGCGGAUGCCUCGUAGGAACCAGACUGAUAAGGAGCAAUAUGGGCUGCACAAAGUCAUCACAUUGCAAGACUCUUAUUACUGUGCAUGUGGCUUUCACUCUAAUAUAGGUAACAAAUUAGCAACACACAUGGUGCACUGUGGGAAAUCAACUUGUUUUUAUCAUGCUGAAAUAUCUUAGCAUUUAUUUAAUACAGUAUUAGGGUACAAUUUUGUAAUAUAUGUAAAAAGUCUUUUGUAAAAAAAAAAAAAAAUGUAUAUUAUGCUGGGAACAGCUUCACACAUUUCAAUAUUUAAUAUUACAUCAUUAUUUGUUAAAGGCAAAUAAAAUAUUUAUUAUUUAUUCUUAAUUUGCAUAUUUAUUUCUUGUUGAUCUUCAAUACUACGUGGUUUUAGUUACAGAUCAUGCAUUCUCUGUUGUCUCUUCGUCAUUGUUAACUCUUAGGUCUUUGGGAAUAAAUAGAUGCUCAAAUGUUAAAAUAUUGAAUUAAUUGUGUUAGAAAUGGAGCUAACUAUCUUGUUAUCAUUAUUUCUGAAUUUAAAUUUUUCUUUAUCUUGUUGCUUUGAUAUUGUUUAUUUGAUAGAAAUAUGUGGAUGAAAACAAAAUCAAUUCAGGAUCAGUACAAGCUCUUUGGAAAGUCAUAACUAUUCAAACUGUUUUUAACGCCAUUAAAAAGUACUUUUAUUUUUGUCUCUCCAUGUUUGCAUGUUUGGCAUCCUUCAAACUUAGUUUCUUAGAUUUGAUGUAAAUUAAAAUAUAUGCAGUGCAAAAAAA